CUGGCAUGCGCGUUUCGCGCAUUGAGGCCAGCAUGCCGAGGAUCAUGGGCAUCCUUCUCAACAAGAGAGACCGCGCAUUUGGCGCUUGUAGAUGACAUUCAGCAUGUUAUUACACGAGGACAAGGACAAAGUGCAGAUGGCGAUGGCAGUUUUGGUUUCCAGGAAGCAUAAUGGAGUGGC